UUAAAGCUAUACCUAGCUAACUCAAAGAAGUGCCAGGAUCCAAACAUUAAUCUCUGUCACCUUUCCUCAUCCUAGCUAAAUUUUUCUUUCUAUACAUUUCUUCUCUCUCUCUUAGCCAGUUUCUCAACUAAUUUCAUUUACUUCUUUUCAUUGAAUGCUGGGAAUUAAAGGCGACCUCCUUUUCCUGCAGAAUUAGGUUUGGGGAGAGAGAGAGAGAGAGGAGGUUGGGGGGGGGAGAGGGGUGGUCUGGGUUUGAGAAAUGAGGUAGAGGGGUUGAAGAGUUUUCCGGUUCGAGGUAAAAUUUCAACGGCCUCUGCGGGCAUUAAUGGGGGUGCUGCUUAAUUAAAUGCAUUGUUAGAAAGCUAGCAAGCUAGAACCCAACAUAUUUGUUAUCACACGGAGAGAGAGAGAGAGAGAGAGAGAGAGAGAGAGAGAGAGAGAGAGAGAGAGAUGGCGAUGAGUGGUUCUGUGAAAGGAAUUGAACAGACUGGCAUACUUGACCUUAAUAUUUAUCAGAUCCGCCUAUAAAUCCCCCUCUUUAUAUACUUCUUGAUUACUCCCAUCGUACGUACACUUCUCUGAUCACCCUCCCUAGCUCCUCCCCUUUAUCCCUCUUUUUUUCCCUCACUCCUAUCCUCCUCCUCCUCCUCUCUCUCUCUCUCCCUGCUUCGACCGCUUCCUCUUCCAUUUCACAACCUAGCUUGCCGCCCGUACGACUCUCCUGCACAAACCCAAAACAGGAAAACUAGCUUCAAAGCUGCAAUGCUCAUCAUCCAAUUCUCUUGAUCCAUAUCCUUCAGCAGCAUAAAACAGACAACCACCUGGGGGGAAAUUGGUUUCUCGGGAAAGAAAAUUUUCCCGGAAAAACCUCAUACUUUCGCCAGGGUGCAGCACAACACACAUAUAUACAUACACAUGGAUAUAUCCACGGCUCUCCUGUUGCUCGGUGCAAUCACCGCAUAUCUCCUCUGGUUCACCUUCAUCUCGCGGUCCCUGAGGGGUCCACGCGUCUGGCCCCUAUUGGGCAGCCUCCCCGGCCUCAUUGAGAACUGCGACCGCAUGCAUGAGUGGAUCGCCGAGAACCUCCGCGCGUGCGGCGGCACGUACCAGACCUGCAUCUGCGCCGUCCCCUUCCUCGCCAGAAAGCAGGGCCUCGUCACCGUCACGUGCGACCCCAAGAACCUCGAGCACAUACUCAAGACCCGCUUCGACAACUAUCCUAAAGGUCCCACGUGGCAGGCCGUCUUCCACGAACUCCUCGGCGAAGGCAUCUUCAACUCCGACGGCGACACCUGGCUCUUCCAGCGUAAGACCGCCGCACUGGAAUUCACCACCCGCACCCUCCGCCAAGCCAUGGCCCGUUGGGUGAAUCGAGCCAUCAAGAACCGCCUCUGCCCGAUUCUCAAAGCGGCUCAGCUCCGAACCGAGCCGGUCGACCUCCAGGACCUCAUGCUCCGGAUCACCUUCGACAACAUAUGCGGUUUGGCUUUCGGAAAGGACCCACAGACCCUAGCGCCGGGGAACCCGGAAAACGGCUUCGCUUCGUCCUUCGACCGGGCCACCGAGGCCUCGCUCCAGCGGUUCAUCCUGCCCGAGAUCAUUUGGAAGCUCAAGAAAUGGCUCCGGCUCGGCCUGGAAGUCAGCUUGAGCCGAAGCUUAACUCACAUCGACGAGUAUUUAUCGGGUGUAAUUAACGCGCGCAAGGUCGAGUUGCUUAGUCAGCAGAAAGACGGGCCCACCCAUGACGACUUGCUGUCCCGGUUCAUGAAGAAAAAAGAGUCCUACUCGGACUCCUUUCUCCAACACGUGGCACUCAACUUUAUCCUAGCUGGACGCGACACGUCAUCGGUUGCGUUGAGCUGGUUCUUCUGGCUAGUCCUUCAAAACCCGCCGGUGGAAGAGAAAAUCGUAAGUGAAAUCUGCACCGUUCUCAUGGAGACACGUGGCGAAGACCCGGCGAAGUGGGUUGACGAGCCGUUGGCGUUCGACGAGGUUGACCGUCUGAUGUACCUGAAAGCCGCGCUCUCCGAAACCCUGCGGCUAUACCCGUCGGUGCCGGAGGACUCGAAGCACGUGGUCGCCGACGACGUGUUGCCGGACGGGACGUUCGUCCCGGCUGGGUCGUCGGUGACCUAUUCGAUAUACUCGACGGGGAGGAUGAAGUCGACGUGGGGGGAGGACUGCCUGGAGUUCCGGCCGGAGCGGUGGUUCUCGGCGAACGGACGGCGAUUCAUCGCUCACGACCCGUUCAAGUUCGUGUCGUUUAACGCGGGGCCCAGGAUGUGUUUGGGGAGGGACUUGGCUUAUCUGCAGAUGAAGUCCAUAGCGGCGGCGGUGUUGCUCAGGCACCGACUGGCGGUGGCGCCGGGACACAGGGUCGAGCAGAAGAUGUCGCUGACACUGUUCAUGAAGUACGGGCUAAAGGUGAACUUGCAGCACAGAGACCUAAAUGGAAUAGUGGCUGGUAUGAGAAAGGAGAGAGAUGAUGAGUUAAUGCAUGGGAAGCAGGUGGAGGCUGUGAGCAUCAAAUGCAAUGGCAAUUGCAACGGCGUCAGUGACGGCGGUAUUGGGGUAGAAAUGGUGGUUGGGGUUGCAUAAGGGCGGUUGGUGGUUGCAGUGGGCUUUGUUGGUAUAUACAUUAAAUGGUGCAUGCUGCUAUCUAUAUAUAUAUAUAUAUAUAUAUAUUCAAAUUGAUGGAUCUGCAUAUGCGCGCGCAUAAAAGCGAACCGAUGGAAUUCAUGGGAAGGGGUGAGUUUAUUUAUUUUAAAAUUAAAAUUUAUACAAAAAUUUAAAGUUAUAUAGGGGAAUUUUAAAUUUGUGAGUUGGGUAUGUUUUUUAAAUUUUAAUUUUAUUUUAUUUUUUAUUUUUAUGUAUGCGCUUGCUAAAAAGUCAAAUUUUAAUUUUAGGGAGGGGAAGUUAAACGCACCAUAUAUAUGUAUGUAUGGGGAUGUGGGGGAUUCACUUUAAAUUUUCAUUAUUUAAGACAGAGAGAGUAAAUAACUGGGCAGAGGAAAUGGGGGCAGAGGAAAAUGGGGGGGGUGGUAGAGAGAGAGAGAGAGAGAGAGAGAGGUUUAUUGUAUCAGUAUUACUUUGUGUGGGGUUGGGGGUGAAGGAAGGAAGCUUGCUAGCCAGCUAUAGAGCUAUCUGGUGGAAUAGAUGGCAUGUAUAUCCCCUGUGCUUGGGGUGAAGAUUGAUAAAUGUCGAAACCUUCUUGCCCUUGCAUAUUCAUAUAUACAUAUAUGCUUUGGAAUUAGGAAACCCUACAUAAAACUCCUAUGUUAUUAAUUCCAGCUGAUCUCUCCAUCUUUCAGUUUGUAUUUUAUUUUGCUUUGAAUAAAUUGUAAGUGCUCACAUUCACAAUAAUGAUCAUAUAAAAAGCUCACUAUUUAUGCA